UAUGAUUAUCCACCGUUAGUUGGUGUCACAAACUCACAAACUAAUCCUAAGUUAAAAUAUAUACAUAUAUAUUAAUGAGACUGAUUUAACUCAAACCCUCGAUGCUAAAUAGAUGCUAAAUAGAGGUCUAAAUGAUGUUAGGUUAGACUUAAACUUGUAUAUAUCCUAAUAGUUAAUAGUACUUCGUGAAUUAAUCUCCUUUUUGAAACUCCAACUAGUUAUUAUUGGCCCAGAAAAGUAAGUGGAAAAGAAGAAUAAAAGAAAAGGAAACGAGAAGAACUAGAGGCCAUGGUUGGGGAGAUAGAAGAUGAUGAAAUGAAAGAAAAGAAUGGGUGUUUAAACAGAAUUUGUCUGCUUUCCCUUGCAAACUUCAAGAUUUUCAUAAAUUCUCUAGACUUCAAUCGCAAUUUCCGGGAUUUGUAUUACGUGCCUCCGCCUCCAACUUCUCUCACUUCACUCUCCACAUCAACUCCUUUCUCUUUCUCUAUAAUCUUUGAAGUUGAGAUUAAAAUUAAAAGAAAAUCCCUAAAAUUAUAACAGUUGCGAAAAACCAAUAUCCUCCAGUUUAGUUACGACAGUGCCACCGCCGUCUACUGAUCAUGUCUUUCUCCUCGCUCCUCUUCUUCUUCCUCCUCCUUUCUCCCGAUCUUUCCCAAAUUUCGAAACAGAGAUUACUUAAAUAGAUGGGAGAAGGGAAUGAAAAUGAAACACUUCCAAUUUCGAAACAGAGAUCCAAAUGCCCCCCAUGAUCUUGAAUCGCACAGAAGUCAUAAAAUCCAAUUCUCCAAACUCCGUAAUUAAAUAUUUUCAACGAGUUGUACCUUCACACACCAUCGUUUAACUACAAAGAUGCUCAUGAUUAAACAUUUAAUAACUCGUAGAGCAUUAUAUAAGUUCAGCAAUUGUUUGGUAGCAUUCCUUAUUUCUCCUUUUUCAUUUUUCGUUCUUCAGAACAUUACCAAAGAGACUUUGAGGGUUUAGAAACGCUAUGAAAUGCUAUCAAUCAAGAGGAAAACAUUGCCCCACAAGUGUUUUUUUACCCUAAUUGAAGGUAUCUUUUGCCUUCUUCAUUUUUAGUAAAAAAUAUUUUUCGCCCAACAAAAAGACGUAUAACCUAAAGUUAACUGAAAGUAAUCCACUGCAUAUUAAUAAAUGAACUAGGAACUAGGAUCCAAAGUCGUCACACAAGCUUGCUAAAUAAGCUAAAUAAGCCUAGUAAUUAGUUAAGACGUGUCUUCGACCAAGGUGGCAAAGAUUUGAAGCUUCCCUCUCAGUUGUUGAAUUCAAGAAAACAAGUCCAAAGAAGCUUCAAAUUCUAAAGCUUGAAUGAAGUGGGCAAGUAUUUUGUGGUGGAGAGAAGUGGAGAGACAUGGCAUGGCAUGAGGUGCUGCAGCAGCAGAUAGGUGAUUUGAACUUUGAAGUGAUGAAUGGAAAGAUGGAGACAUGCUUUCCCACACUUCACAUGCCUUAAUUACUGUUUUAUCUUUUUAUCAAACACCUCAAGUGCACCUCCCACUAUCAUCUCAAAUUCCCCCUGUCUCUCUGUCUCUCUCUCUCUCUCUCUCUCUGAACUGACUUCUAUAAAUUUAUGGCCCAACCGAACUCAGAGAUCACAUUCACAACCACAAGCAGAUAAAAACAGAUCAAAGAGAGAGAGAAAUGGAGAAUCGUUCUUACGAACCUGAGAAAACCGCCAAAGACGUCUCACUGCAGGAACUCAGAGACAUGCUCGCAGAGUUCGCUCGAGUACGAGGAUGGGAACAAUACCACAGCCCAAGAAACCUUCUCCUAGCACUUGUUGGUGAGGUCGGAGAGCUAUCGGAGAUAUUCCAGUGGAAGGGGGAGGUGGAGAGGGGGCUGCCAAACUGGAGCGCGGCGGAGAGAGAGCAUUUGGAAGAAGAGGUGUCUGAUGUGUUACUCUAUUUGGUGCGUCUCGCCGAUGUGUGUGGCCUUGAUUUGGGCCAUGCCGCUCUCUCAAAGCUCGUCAAAAAUGCCAACAAGUACCCUGUCGCCGCUUUCGCGCGCGCGCUUCCAUGAACUUCGCGCCCUUCUCUUUCCUUCCUUCGCUGCUUUUCUGUUUCUGUACUCGUUUCUGCUUCAUAUCGAUAUGCACGGAGAUCUGUCUCAGUUUACUCAUA